AUAUACUACAGGCUUAACGACUAAGUUUCAUUGUUACUUUGCUCUCAUGUGACAUAGAUGAUUUUAUCUUUGCUACAAAGCAUUUAUCUGAAGCCGUGUUUAUAGACAAAUGUAGAUUAUGCCACAUCAUGUUCGGGCGAAUGUUUACUGUGUGAAUCGUGAGUGCGGGUUAAAUAAUACAAUUUAUAGAACUUCAUCACUUAAACUUAUAAACAAUAUGUGAUUUAUAAUAUAUAAAUAAUAGUUAAAAUAACAAUUAAUAGUUGUGAGAAUCCUCGAAAAUUAAAUGAAAAUGAAUUUAGUACUGGCUUUAAAAUUUUAUAUUACACAAAUGACGGAAGAAAGUGGGCCUGGUAUGAAAGUUCUUUUGAUGGAUAAGGAGACGACAAGCAUAGUCAGCUUAUUAUACAGCAAAUCAGAAAUAUUUAUGAAAGAGGUUUAUCUGUUUGAGAGAAUUGACACAAAUAUUCGGAACGAAGCCUUAAAGCAUUUGAAGUGUAUAGUUUUCAUUAGACCAACGAAGGAAAAUAUUGAGAUUCUUUGCGAUGAAUUGCGAAGUCCAAAGUACGGUACAUAUUAUAUUUAUUUCAGUAAUAUUAUCGCAAAAGCAGAUAUUAAACUAUUAGCUGAAAACGAUGAACAAGAAGUAGUGAAAGAAGUUCAUGAAUAUUAUGCAGACUAUUUAGCUGUUAACCCGCAUUUAUUUUCACUUGGAAUCAAAUCGUGCUCCGAAGGUUUAUUAUGGAAUCCAGUACACUUACAUCGAACACAUCUAGGCAUAAUUUCAGUUUUAUUAUCAAUUAAGAAAUGUCCUUACAUACGUUAUCAAAGUAGUUCUGAAAUGGCAAAGAGAUUGGCAGAAAAAAUACGUGAAACAUUAAAUAAAGAAUCAAAUUCGUUCGAAUUCAGGCAGGAGUCAAACCCAGUUUUACUUAUACUCGAUAGAAGAGACGAUCCCAUUACUCCUUUAUUAAAUCAAUGGACUUAUCAGGCAAUGGUCCAUGAAUUACUAACUAUUAAUAAUAAUCGUGUUAAUUUAUCACAUGUAAAAGGUAUUUCAAAGGAAUUAAAAGAUGUUGUUCUUGACGCGGAACAUGAUGAAUUUUAUGCAAAUAACUUAUAUCACAACUUCGGUGAAAUUGGACAAACGAUAAAAGAAUUGAUGGAUGAAUUUCAAAAAAAGGCUAAAAAUCACCAGAAAGUAGAAAGUAUUGCUGAUAUGAAAAAUUUUGUAGAAGCUUAUCCUUUAUUUAAGAAGCUUUCUGGAACUGUAUCCAAACAUGUAACAUUAGUUGGAGAACUUUCCUCGCUUAUAGAAAAUCAUAACUUGUUACAAGUAUCAGAAUUGGAACAAGAGCUUAGUUGUCAAAAUGAUCAUUCUAUGCAGCUGCAGAGAAUAAGAGAACUUAUUAAUAAUUACCAAAUUCGAGAAAUUGAUAGCGUUAGAUUGGUAAUGUUGUACGCACUUCAUUAUGAAAAACACACAAACAAUGAUAUUAGCGGUUUAUUGAAUGUAUUAAAAAGUAAAGGGAUUUCUGAAAAAUAUGUGAAGCAUGUUCAUAACAUAUUGCAAUACAGUGGAAUUAACACAAGGCAAAAUAAUCUAUUUGAUCGUGAAUCGGUAGCGAAGAUAACUAAAAAGCUAUUCAAAGGCUUAAGUGGAAUAGAUAACAUAUAUACUCAACACACACCUCUACUGAAUGAAACAAUUGAAGAUUUAAUAAAGGGAAAGUUAAGUCCACAAAUGUUUCCAUAUCUUGGAAAUACAAUAAUAUCUAAAAGGCCGCAAGAUAUAAUUAUUUUCAUGGUUGGAGGAACAACUUAUGAAGAAAGCUUAACUGUCUAUAAUUUAAAUAAACAAAAUCCUGGAGUAAAAAUUAUUUUAGGAGGUACUACUAUCCACAAUUCUCAAAGCUUUUUAGAAGAAAUUCAACAUGCUACAUCGGGUACCUUUUCAAAAUAUAGAAAUAAUAAUAAGUAAAAUUAUAAUAUAAUUUAUAAUAUAUUGUUAGUAUAUUAUACUUUAAGUUCAUAUUUUUAUCUAAAUAUUUAUAUUUACAAUUGUGAGUAGUUGGCAUAUUGUAAAUUAUUUUUUUCAAGAAAUAAAGUUUUGGUGGUAAUAAUUUUAAAGAAAA